ACAAUUACUUACGCACGUAUUUAUUUCAAAAUGGAAAGUUUAUUGAUUCUCGCACCACGCAAUGUUUUACGACAUCAAUGUUUACUGCCGUAAGUCAACAUUGCUAGUUUCGGCAAAAAUUGGAAAUGAGUGAACAACAAAAACGCGUAAAUUCGGGUCGUCCAGGAUCAAAUUUAAGUGGAGCUGGAAGACGGUCAGCAACGGGAAGUGUGAAAAAUGAGGGUGACAGUCAGAGUGUACGUAACCUGGCAAGCCGUGAGGAGGAGUACAAAAAGUUGAAUGCAGAGUUGGAAGCAAAAACAGCCAAUCUGGUGAGAGAAGCUGAAGAUGUUCUGAAAGGUCAGGAUUCAAUAUUGAAUGAACCAAAACUGCUGGAAAAGAUUAAUACAGAUGAAUUCCUCAAAGCCUUUGAUGAUGAUUAUGUGUCAGCCAAUGAAAACAGGCCAAGCAGUUCACAAUCUAAGCCAACUUCAGCACGACCACUGUCAGCAGCUAAAUCAACAAACCAGUCUAGAGCACAGUCAAGAAACAACCAGUCACGACCACAGUCUACUAACAAAAAGCCUACCUCUGCAAAGGCAAGGUUAAAAUCUGGAAGAAGUAACAUAGAUGAUGUGGCUGUUGUGGACGAUGCGUUUCUAACAGAAUACAAGGAUUUCUCAUUACAGAAUGUUGUAGACAAUAUGGAAGGUGUAGAUAUAUCCGAGGAUGAUAUCCAAGAUGAUGUAUUACCAAGUGCUGCACAAGAUAUGGGCUCAGAGGCCCAGAUAAGAUUUUUGAAAGCAAAACUAAGAGUUAUGCAGGAAGAGAUGGAUAGGCUCGGUCAGGAGAUCAGUAAAAAGGAGGAAGAGAACAGCAGUUUGUCCGUGCAUGUGAAAGAACUAGAAGAUGAGAGAGGACGACUGACAAGAACAAAUGCUGCACAAACUCAACAGAUUGAUAAAUUUAAAAAGAUAGCUGAUGAUAGUAAAACUAAAACUGAAAGUUUAGAAACUCAGCUCUCCUCUACAAGAAAGGAACUUGAGCAGAUGAAACGAAAUCAGAAACAGCAAGCAACAACACAGGGUGCUACAGAAGUCAGGCUGAACAGGGCACUGGAGGAAAUAGAGAAAUAUAAGGAACAGUUGUCGAGAUCUAAAACAUCCUCAAGGGAGACAGCGGACCAUGAAAAGCGCAAGGUAGAUCAGCUGCUUGCAGACAACAAGCGACUGGAGAAACAGAAGAAUGAGUUGAUGGCAGGUUUCAAGAAACAGCUGAAAUUGAUUGAUAUUUUGAAGAGACAAAAGAUGCAUGUAGAGGCAGCCAAGAUGCUGGCCUUCUCAGAGGAAGAGUUUGUCAAAGCUUUGGAAUGGGGAAGUUAAAUCAUUAUUGGAACUCACUGUUAGCUGUGUUAGUGCCCCCUCAACCAGGCGGCAGCUGGAUAACCUGACCAUCUUUCAACACAAUGAAUCUUACAGAAAAGUUAUUGAAUCUGUUAAAACUACAAUAUCUAUUGAUAUAUUUAGAUAUUUGUAAAAUGACAUCAGGACUCCAAGCACAGAUUAAGAACAAAGGUGUUAAUAUCCAGUUGAUAAAUCCGUCCUAGUGGUUAACCAAAACAUAAUGGCUUAGGUGCAAGUAGAUCUGUGUGCUAUUCUGUGAUAAUAUGUGAUAUUCCUUUAUUUAAACACUCUGUUAGUGACUGUUGUAGAUUGAUUUUAAAAGCUGAAAUGUGGACUGAUAAAGAAGAGCUGAACUGUGGAUUGAUCAUCAUCAUAAGCUAAAAUAUGGAUUAAUUAAGAUCAUAAGUUGAAGUAUGAUUGAUAAACAUGAUAAGUUAAAAAAUGGAUAGAUAUUAUGUCAUAAGCUGAAAUAUGGAUUGAUAAAUGUCAUUAGUUGAAAUAUGUUUAAGCUAAAAUAUGGAUUGGUGAACAUAAUCAGAUGAAAUAUGGAGAGAAAAAUAUACUUAAUCAAAAUAUAGAUUGAUAAAUGUCAUAAGCUGAAAUAUGAGUUGAUUAGCAUACAUAGAAAAAUAUGAAUUGUAAAAUGUAACUAGUUGAAGUAUGUAUUGGUAAUGUCAUAAGCAGAAAUACAGGUUGAUAAACAUCAUAUAAGAUGAAAUAUGGAUUCAUACUUGAUCCUCAUUAACUGAAAUAUGGAUUGAUAAAUCUCAUUAGCUGAAAUAUUGGUAAACCAUAUUUCUGAAAUUUGAAUUGAUUGAUCACUAAUCAAUAAACUUUCCAGUGAAUAAAUCAAAUCUGUUUCAGGAAAGAAAGAUUUGAUAAUUGCACGUAUUGUUAGAAAUAUGGAUUGAUAACCUUAAGUUAGAAUGAGAGUAAAUGAAUCUGAAAAUAAAUGAAUUUUAAGUUGUA